AUGGCUCCACAACUCGACAGUACGAGGACGGAACAUUCAGUGAGGAUGAAGAAUUGGACAAUGACGUCGUCUCCCAAUACGGCGUUUAGUCUUACCAUUAAACCUUUUCAGUCUUCUCUAAUGAGUUUCCUCCCGCAGUUUAUGACGAGGACUGUCGAAUGUGGGAAUUCUGUUAUGCUUACUUUUAAGGUUUUCAAGGAGUUGGGUAUGGAAUGGCUUCUUGUCUUGACUUACAUGAUUGGAGUGCCAAUCAAUAAAACAAACCUGAUUAAACUGUCAAAGAAAAAUAUUCAGAUAAGUCAGUUUUCCGUAAUAACAAGUAGAAUUUACGCAAACUCAACUUUGCGACUAGACAAAGUAAAUUACUUCGGAUUUGACAUGGACUACACAUUGGCAAGUAAAUCCCCUGAAAUGGAAAAAUUAAUAUUUGACUUAAUAAAGCAGCAUUUAGUGGAAAUUGGGUAUCCUACUAAAUUUCUUGAAUUUAAUUAUAAUCCUGAAUUCCCCGUCAGAAAAAAAUCGCCACUUUCGUCUUGUCGAUCAAGUCGCAUAUUGAAUGCUAACUUAGGUGUAAAUCAUCAGUCUGUUCUUUACGUUGGGGAUUCGAUUUAUGGAGACAUUCUCAAAUCGAAGAAAAUUUCUUGGAAAACUUUUUUGAUCAUUCCUGAUCUCAAAUCGGAGAUUUUCCACUGGAAGAAGUGUCUCGGUGGAUACAAAAUACUUGACGGACUUGAUAAAAUACAGCAAAAACAAAUGUAUUCUCAAAUAUUCAUUCCACAGGUCUAUUUGUAA